AUCGAAUAAAAAUUGAAAUUGAAUCUCAAUCUCAAUCCCAAGAAAUAAUAUGUGUAUUCGGUAAUACCAAAUAUAGACAAAUUCGGUAUGAUAUUCGGUAUCAUUUGAAGUUAUACCUUUAACGUUAUGGUACAACAAUGAUGAUAUCAUAAUAGAUGAUACAUUGAAGCAACUUAUUAAAGAUUGUGUGCAUGAUUAUUAUGUAGAACACUGCCUGGACAACAUUCUUUAUUUGUUUUCUUUGUUUUUUUGUUGUAGGAGAAUAAAAUUUGACCAAUCUUUUGGGCACAUCAACCCAUCGAGUUUACUUUUCAUUGCAUUGUCUUCACUCAAGCAUACAUUGUUAGUUGUGAGUGGCCACUAUCCAAAAACCAGGUGAAAUACAACCCUAGACAUUUCUAAGAUAGCCAAAUUGAAUUGCUAAUGAAUAGCUUACUAACUUGUUUUCCCGUAAAUUUUGCCUUGGGGUAGUUUGGAUGCGGAAUUUGUUUUGUCAUCAUCAUCUGGGAAUGCUAUUGCAGGUGGUCUCACCCGUGAUCAUCUCCGCAUAUGCAAGCAAGCCUUCAUUUGUAACCUUGGAAAGUGCACUAUCACCACCGCAGAGCUAAAAGGCGCACAUGAAGAGCUGAAGAUUGUUUGGGAAGGGGGCCGGUCACCGGAAAGUGGAGCUGAACUUGAAUUCGGCGGCUGUUGUUAGCAUCAUCAAGAACCACUCGGAUGAUGGCCAUCGCCAUGGCACUCUUGCUAGACAGUUUACUCAUCUUCGUAACCUUGAUUGGGAAGUGAAAAUCUCCCAUGUGUAUAGAGAGACUAAUUUUCCAGCAAAUUAUCUUGCUAAUAGGGAGUCAUUAUGUUAAUUUUGGUACACAUCAUUUUAAUGUGUACGACCCUGAACUUGGUCAUUGACUUCGCUUAGGCUGGGCAUGCGGGCGGGCGGGUCGUCCGCGAGUUUGGGCCGAUCCGCCUCUCAUUUUAUCCUAAUUUCGUUAUGUGGGUCGGUGAUGGGUUGUGCUGGGAGGCAUCCGCCGCAGGGCCGGAUCUACAUUGAGGCUGGGGGGGGGGGGGGGCGAGAAUUUUGAAAAUCGCGUAUGAGUACAACGAGAAUUUUAAAAUUACGAAUUAAUUAGGUCAUUUGUAUAAAUCAUGACAUUGUGCAAUUUGAUUUGACUACAAUGCAUGUAGUCUAGUGGGUAAGUGAAUGUCUUUUAUGUUAGGGAACGUGGGUUCAAUCCCCACCAUCAGUGAUGAAAUUGUAUUUUUUUUUUGUCCAUUUUUGCUAAAAAAAUUCAGAAGAACAUGGUACAAAUACAAAAAUGAUUAUUUUUUGUUGACAAUUUGUUUAAUAAUGUUGAACAUAUCAUUGGUAAUUUUUUAAUUUAAAUCAAAAUUUUAGUGCUAACAAUUUUCUUAGAUAAUAAAUUGUAAUGUGGGAUUUAUAUUAUUUGUUUUUUUAUUUUUAGGAUAAUACGUACUAAAAAAAUUUCGACCUCCCCCCCCCCCCCCCCCCCCCGAACUUCAAAUCCUGGCUCCGCCCAUGAUCCGUCGGGUGGAGGGUGGAUUGUGGUCGGGUGCAUAGGUGACCCGCUCAACCCAUCAACAAAAAGAACAAAACCAUUGGUGCUGGAGAGUGGAGACGCUAACGAAAAUUAGGGCUACUCCUGGAGAUUGAAUCUCAAAGCCAAUCUUCCAAAUCUCGACUUCCCUCUUCUUCUCUUUAUUUUUAUCCCUCUAAUUCUUGUGCCCAAAUCACUUCUUUUUCCUCCAUUGAAUUAUUUUUCUUAGUUUCCUGCACCCGAUCAUCUCCAUUUGUACCAAACUCUUCCAUAAUAGAAUUUCUAUCCAAUUUCUGAACUAAUUCGGCAUUUUUUUUUUCUUCCUCUUCAUAUUCUUGUUUCCAUGGGAUAACUAUCCACCAAUUAUCUUGCCACUUGAAGUGAAUCUCAAAUUUGGAGGGUGAAAGGAUGUUAAAAUGAAUUGUUAUUUUACAUAUUAACAUUACACAGGGGGUUCAGAAAUAUAAAUGGAUCAUAUCAAGUUGACUCCUUUAUAUUAUGUACAUUGUGAUGUGGAUGAACUCGUAAACCCACCUGCAUCAUCUGCGGUCUGCCAUCCAUCCGGCCCAACCCGAGACUAAAUGUCGGAGGGUGGUGGGUUAAUAAUUGUCAAUCCGUUUAAACGUGGAUGGGUGCAUUUUAUGGUCAAAAUCCACCCGACCCACCCAAUGCCCACUGUCACGACCCGAAAUGUCGUGACCGUGUUGAUCGUCUGAAGAACGCUGCCAUCUGGUUGUCUUGCCAUGAGAAGGGUAAAGGGGGCGACAUUAGCGAUAAGGCGUUGUCUGCCUGUGCAUCGCAUCUGGCCGAGUCAGGAUGUGGCUAUGAAAGGGAUCGUUGCAAGAGAAGGCACAACUGGUCGGAGGCUAUUGCCGUCUCCCUGAUGAGCCCAAGGCAGGGCAAAACCAGUUGGCAUGCGUAUGCAGAGAGGCUGGUCUUGAGGAAUGAGUGCACCUCAAGACGCCGCACGGACUUCGGAAGUCUAUGUCCGUGACAAGUGGUAUCAGAGCCUGGUUAGGCUGAAGAACCUAGUUCCUCUCUCAGUACGGCAUAGGUCGUGUAUGGGCCGACCCUAUGCCCGAAUGAGAGGCGGUCCUAGGUGAGCAUAUCAGGCAGUCCGAACGCAGAUUCACAUGUGUUGCGCCGUUGUGGGGGACCUCGGCAGGCUGAAGAUGCAGCGGCCUAGAAUGCCGUUCAACCGAGGAACUAACGCUAGCGAGAGCGUAGGGUGAAGGUCGAUUGAGGUACAAAUGCUGGGAGUAGCGUAGGGUGAAGGUCGACUGAGGUACUAGCGCAGCAGAAGCAAAGAGUGAAGGUUGAUGUCAAGGGGCGAAGCGGUAUGUGCGCGGGGCACAACAGGCUAGCGCGAGAACGCGACCGGAGCCUGUCCGUCAGAGGAUGGUAUCGUAUGCGGAUGCCCACAAUCGGUUCGAGAGAGUUGCAAUACAUGCUGCGGAGAGAAGCAUUCUUCACCAGCACGAGGACGUGCUGCAUUAUGAGUGGUGGAGAAUGUCACGACCCGAAAUGUCGUGACCGUGUUGAUCGUCUGAAGAACGCUGCCAUCUGGUUGUCUUGCCAUGAGAAGGGUAAAGGGGGCGACAUUAGCGAUAAGGCGUUUUCUGCCUGUGCAUCGCAUCUGGCCGAGUCAGGAUGUGGCUAUGAAAGGGAUCGUUGCAAGAGAAGGCACAACUGGUCGGAGGCUAUUGCCGUCUCCCUGAUGAGCCCAAGGCAGGGCGAAACCAGUUGGCAUGCGUAUGCAGAGAGGCUGGUCUUGAGGAAUGAGUGCACCUCAAGACGCCGCACGGACUUUGGAAGUCUAUGUCCGUGACACCACCCCUAGGCUUCGCCAUGAUAUUGUGAGAAUUUCUCAUGAUCAUUUAACUCUUAAUAUGAACUAGACGCAAUGACGUCGAUCUUUCUAAAAAACUAAAUAAUUAAACGACUCUUUCCUGUACUUGAUCCCUAAUCUAAGUUUUACUUUCGGAAUGUUGAUAAAAAGCUAAUUCAGUUUUCCAGAUAUUUAGAUAGAGAUGACUUAAAAUAAGAAGAGUGCCCGCUAGAAAAUGAGUAAAUAAACUUUCGUUGUAAAUUCCGUGCAACGAAUUCUUGCGAUGAAAUCAAUUAUGAUUAAGUCUAGACUCUAAUCACUUAUGAAAGACUAAGUUGUAUAGUGUAUUCAGAACAACUCAACAAAAGCUACACUAAAACACCCAUAAAAACUUGCAAUAAAACAUUUGUUGAAUCCGAUAAGUCUCGUGUUUUUUUAUGAUUGUUCAUUAUUUGAUUUUUUUUCUUCUACUUGUGGCUUGCUAAAAUUCAAAAAUAUUUAGAAUCCUUGCUUAUAUUAUUGUCUUACAACAUGAAGUAUGUGCUCUGAACUGGGUCAUUCACCCAUUAGGAUUAACAAUGGUCAAACUUGUCCCAAUUUUCAACAAAGCCUACUACACCCGCCUAAUUGUCCCAUUAAUUUGAUGAUUGUUUUGUGCCAUUAGUGGCUAUGGUCAACCUAACCAGACCUUUACUUAGAGCUAAUGUUUCCUUUUGAGAAUUUGGGCCCCUGAAAUCAAUAGAUAAGACCGGAAAUUCAAGGGUUGGUUGGGUGAGAGGCAUGGUGCAAACCCAGCAAAUUGCCAAUUCUAUAAAUAUAAUACACGAAUUAUGAAUCAAUCCAUUCACUGAUUUGGGAUUCAGGUGAUCCAAUAAUAACAUGCCAUUACCACCUUUUGCUUUUGGUGAUAAAAACAAAAACAAAAUUGGAGGUGGUUUCUGGUUUCUUUGGAUGGAGGCAGGCAGACAAAAUCAAAGGGGCAGGGUCUACACAUAUAAUUAACAGCUAAUCAAAAUAAUAAAAACCCAUCUUAAGACCACUAAUGACAAACUAGCUGAUUUGCAAUCCCUUGAAUCAAGGGAAAGGGGAAGCCACUGAGAGAUGUUUAUUUUUGUUUAACAAACAUUUGUUACCUAUUCUCUAAAGAAACAAUAAUAAUAUUUCGAUAGUGUUAGUAAUAGAACCAUAAUAAUUGG